GUUACAUAUAUAAAGAACGACACAUUUAACAACCUUGUGCAACGUUCGGAGAUUUUUAAAAGUUUUCUUUUUCCUGCGGGUGACAUUUGAUUCGCUAACGAACGCCCGAAAAGUAAAUGGAACGUUUUCAACGAAGAUCAAACAAGGAAAGAAAAUAAAUUGCUAUUACCGAAGAGGAUUGAAAUUUGAGAUUGAGUAAAGAAGAACUGUUAUCCAUGAAGAACAGAAACAAGAAGAAUAUCUAUUUUACAGAUAGAUACAUUAAUAAGGGAUUCCAAGAUGAUGAAGAUAAACCUCAUAUUGGAGUGUGGAACACAAAUGAAUAUUCCAAAAAAUCAAAAGAAGGAGGAAAUGAUGUAAACGAAGUUGACCUUUAUAAUGCCAAAUUUAAAGCAGAAGUAUGCCCACCAGAAAAAGAAGAAGAAGAGGAAGAAGAAAAAAUACCACCAGUUGGAAUAUUUACUUUGUUCAAGUACUCCAGCGCAUUUGACAAACUUCUUAUGAUCGUCGGCGUUGUGGUAGCUGUGGUCUCGGGUGCCUCCAUGCCAGCGGUCAUGAUUAUCUUUGGCGAAGUUCUCAAUCAACUGAUUGAUUACGACAAAGGAAUGAACAAUGUGACGAAUGUUACCAUAACAACAGAAGAAUUUCUUCAGAAAACUGCCAACCUAUGCAUGAUAAAUGCCAUUUUCGGAGGUGCGUUCCUUGUGUGCAAUUACGUCUUUGUCAGCUUCUUCAGUCUCGCAGCCGCAAACCAGGCCUUCAGGAUUCGUUGUCUUUUCAUGAAAUCUGUUUUGAAGCAAGACAUUGGAUGGUACGACACAAAUCAAACGGGAGAUUUCGCCAGUCGUAUAACAGGAGAUUUAACCCGCAUUCAAGACGGCAUGGGCGAAAAGAUUGGUAUUUGUAUAGGUUUCUUAUCGUCAACUGUGCUUUGCGUCUGUACUGGAAUUUAUUAUGGCUGGAAGUUAGCUCUUGUCAUUCUGUCCAUUACCCCUGUUCUGACAAUAGCUAUGGCGAUCAUGUCAAAGAUUCAAGCAACAGUAGCGAGAGAAGAACUCCAAGCCUAUGGAACGGCUGGAGCCGUUGCGGAAGAAGUCCUCUCUGCCAUUCGUACUGUUGUUGCGUUUGGCGGAGAAAAGAAGGAAAUACAAAGGUAUGAAAAUUGUCUGAUACCAGCAUUGAAGAAAGGAAUAAAGCGAGGACUUAUGACAAGCAUUGGUGCUGGACUCACAUGGUGCUGCAUAUUUGCCGGAUAUGCUCUUGCAUUCUGGUACGGCGUACAGCUCAUCAUACAGAGUCAGGAAAAUGGAGAUAACGCUUACAAUGGUGGUGUGCUCAUAAUUAUCUUUUUCAACAUCAUGUCUGGAUCCAUGUUCAUAGGACAGACUGCUCCAUACUUUGAGGCUUUUGCUUUAGCGAGAGGCGCAGCAGCAAAAAUUUACAACAUCAUUGACAGGCAACCAUUCAUAGACAGCAGUUCAUCCAAGGGAAAGAUGCCACCUUCUGUUGAAGGAUACAUACGAUUCAAAAACGUUGUCUUCAACUAUCCUUCCAGACCAACUGUUCCUAUUCUACGGGGCCUCACUCUGAAUGUAGAGCCUGGAGAAACAGUGGCACUCGUUGGCCCAAGUGGUUGCGGGAAGAGCACAGUAAUUCAACUGAUCCUGAGAUUUUAUGACACCGAGGCAGGAAAAGUUGAGCUGGAUGGAAACAAUGUGAAAGAUUUAAACGUGGGAUGGUUACGAGACCACAUUGGUCUAGUAGGACAAGAACCAGUCCUUUUCUCCAGCACGAUCGAGGAGAACAUCAAACUUGGUAAACGUGGUUCAACACUGGAAGAUGUGAUCAAAGCAGCGAAACUGGCCAAUGUGCACGAUUUCAUCGACAGCCUGCCGCUGAAAUAUGAUACUCUUGUUGGUGAACGUGGUACCCAGUUAAGUGGAGGCCAGAAGCAAAGGAUUGCCAUUGCUCGAGCUCUCAUAAAAAAUCCUCGAAUUCUUUUAUUGGAUGAAGCAACGUCUGCUUUGGACACAGAAAGCGAAGCUGUUGUCCAGAAAGCCCUUGAUAAGGCUAGCAGCGGCCGCACUACGGUUGUCGUUGCUCAUCGUCUGUCAACCAUUCGAAAUGCAGAUAAGAUUAUCGUCUUGGCAGGUGGUGUUGUCCAUGAAAUUGGUACCCACGAUGAACUUAUGGAGAAGAAGGGAAUGUAUUACAAUUUAGUACAAGCUCAGACAAAAGAAACAGAAGAAGGAGACGAAGAGCUGGAUGAAGUAGGAGUAGGUCCUCCGGAACUACAUCGUGCUGUAAGCGUUCGAAGUGGAUUAUCGGAAGGAUCGUCCGGAUAUAGCGCCAGAAGAUUCUCAGCAGGUAGUGGUUUCUUCCAGAGACAGAUAUCAGCCGUGAGUGCCAUUUUGGAACGGCAAAUGUCCAACGGAAGUGGCUACAUGGAUUCAGGAGAACUGGAAGAAGAGGAAGUUGAGGUCAAGUCUGCUCCAUCUCCAACUCGUUUAUUGAAGAUUUCAGCUCCAGAGUGGCCAUUUGCUGUAGUGGGUGCACUUUCUGCUGUCAUCGUCGGAAUACAUUUCCCCUUAUAUGGCAUCAUCUUUGGUGAUAUACUCGGAGUAUUGUCUAAUGAUGACACCGACGUCGUGCGAAAAGAAAGUGUAUAUUACAGCUUGCUUUUUCUGUUGUUGGCCGUAACAUCUUUUAUUUUCACAUUUUUACAGACCUUCAUGUUUUCAAUUGCUGGAGAAAGGCUGACUUCAAGGUUACGAAAACUAGUCUUUGCUAAUAUAAUCACCCAAGACAUAUCGUUUUUUGAUCAUCCAAAGAAUAGCGUCGGUUCCUUGUGUUCAAGACUUACUGCUGAUGCUUCGAGCGUACAAGGAGCUACAGGCUCCAGAAUAUCUGCAGUACUUCAAGCAAUUUCAACGAUGAUUGUCUCAAUCUUCAUUGGUCUGUAUUAUAACUAUAAAAUUGGAUUAGUUGUAUUGGCCUUUGUUCCACUAGUACUAUUAGCAGCAUUUCUCGAAGGAAGAAUUGUCCGUGGACAAGCUGAAGGUGAAAGGGCCGCAACGGAAGGUGCGUCUAAGGUUGCCAUUGAAGCAAUAGAGAGCAUUCGAACGGUAGCUGCUUUACACCAGGAAGACACAUUUUACCACCAUUUUCAUGACGCAUUACUUGAACCACACAAAAAAUCCAAAUUGAAAGCCCAUGUUAGAGGUCUUGCUUACGGAUUCGGUCAAGGACUUCAAGCUUUUGCUUUUGCAACGUCUCUCUACUACGGAAGCAGACUUGUAGGUGCUGGAGAAUUACCUUAUAGUGAACUAAUGAAAGUCACCGAAGGAGUCAUCAUCGGUACAAUGAUGGUUGGCCAAACGAUUGCUUUUACUCCGGACUAUCAAAAAGCAAAAAUCGCAGCUGUGCGAAUCUUCCAGCUGCUGGAUUUGAAACCUGUCAUUGAUGUCUUCUCUCAAGAUGGUUUAGCAAGGCCAAGUAUCAGUGGAAAUAUCCGAUUUAAAAAAGUGUAUUUCAACUAUCCUAGUCGCCCUGAUGUCAAGAUUUUACGCGGUUUGGAUUUGGAGAUCGAGCCUGGUAAGACGGUGGCUUUGGUGGGAAGCAGUGGUUGCGGAAAAAGCACUUGCAUACAGCUGAUAGAACGCUUCUACGAUACACUGCAAGGAAAAGUGUUCAUCGAUGACGAGAACGUGAAGGAUUUGAACGUAGCCAAUCAUCGAUCGCACUUGGGAUUAGUAUCUCAAGAGCCUGUGCUUUUCAGCUACAGCAUCGGCGAAAACAUCGCGUACGGUGACAACUCGAGGAAGCCAGACAUGAAUGAGAUUAUAGCUGCAGCCCGAAAAGCAAACAUUCACAAUUUCGUUUCCACAUUACCUAAGGGCUAUGAAACACCUGUUGGAGACAAAGGAGCACAAUUGAGUGGUGGACAAAAGCAAAGAGUUGCAAUUGCUAGAGCACUACUACGAGACCCAAAAAUUCUGCUCUUAGAUGAAGCCACUUCCGCUUUGGAUACGGAAAGCGAAAAGAUUGUACAAGAGGCAUUGGACAAAGCAAGAACUGGUAGGACUUGCCUGAUCAUCGCUCAUCGAUUGACUACCAUUCAAAAUGCUGAUCUCAUCAUUGUCAUUCAUAAAGGAAGAGUAGUGGAGAAAGGCACGCAUCAAGAGCUGUUGAACCUCAAAGGACACUACUACAAACUACAUAACACGCAAGCAUCCUCAAUUUGAUCGACCGAGUCAAUUACCUUGACAACAUGUGCGGCUCACAUUGUCAAGUGAGAACACUCGCGCUUUGUGACAACAAGAAAUACAAUUUGUGUUUCAAAAAUGUAUCAUAAAGCAAGAUGAUUAAAGAAAGAAGCAAAAGAGAAACAUUCAGUACAAGAUUCGUGUACAAAGCAUCUUCGCUACCAAAUUACAUUCAUUAACAUUAAUCCAUUUCAUAAAACUCAUUAAGAAAUAUUUUUUUUAAUUAUCAUCUUUUAUAAUCAAUAUUUCUGUACCUCAAACCCAGACUAACGUAAGUGACAUUAUCACUACUUUUCAGGGGAGCGUAAAACCGCUUGUCUGAUACUUACAAAGGUUGGGGGCUAGGGCUGCUAUAAGACUGGUAAUUAAUUAUAAAGGUUUUUUAAACAUAGAAUUUAAUGGCUAAAUGCGGAAUGGGAUUCUACGUACCAUCAACGCUGUAAUUACUUGGAAAAUCGCGAUUUUUGGAUUUACGUUAGUCUGGACUUGAGGUUCAUAACUUACAGCUUUUUACCCAGGUUUUUAUCCUCACUUAACGAAGUGAGCCACACCGGUUUGGGGAGUCUUGCUUAUGUGCUAAAUCAAUUUUAGCUACCAGUGUGAAGAUUCGGAGCAUUAAUGAGAGGUAGUAACGCCCCCACCUCGGUUAUGGCUUUUCUGACUGAAGAUUGUUAUAAAGCUUGAAUCUACUGUGUCUGGAUCCGCAAUCAAGGUGUUUGUUAUUUGUAUAUUUUCAAAAUGUGACUUAUUAAACAUUACAAUUGUUGUAGCUUUGGUAUUAAACAAGUUAUGAAAAUUUUAUAAGUUGACGUUUAAGGGGGUCCGGGACACAAAAAUCGUCAAAUUUUGCAAUUUUUUUUUUUUUUAUCAUGUGAGAAAUUACUCCGUUUUUUUCUGCUUAAGAGGACGUUUGAAUCUUGUUUCUAUCUUAAAUAGAACGAAAGAUAUAAUUAUUUUUGUUUCAUGCACAUAGCUAAUGUGUACUUAACUUUAGAACUUUAAACGCGUUUUCUCCAUGAUGCAAUUUUUCCCGAUUUCUUGCAUUCAAACUCUUAUAAGUCAGGAACCGAUAAAGAUAAAGUUGUGAAACUUGGAGCAUGUCUUUUUCAAACAGUUUACUUUGUAUUUUAUUCGGCGAAUUAAAAAAAAAACGUUUACUGCAAAAAUUAUGAUUUUUUUUAAAAAAAGUAUCUUCGAAUUUUUCGAAAUUUUUCUUCAAAUACUUUUUAUUUUUUAUUGAAUCAUUAUUUUUAAAAUCGCCGAAUAAUAAUUAAAGCUUAGAUAUUUGUGCGUAAUUUAUUUUAAAAAAAUUGAAAAUUGAUCAAGAAUAUUUUGAAUCAUAGCAAUUUAAGCUAUUAAUUUGAAUUAUAGCCCAUUUUUUAAAAAAAAAACUAAUUAAAUUUAAAUAAAAAAUUUUUUUUUUCAUAUUUAUGUCAUGAUUUUGCUUAUUAAACAAAUGGUGAAUCAGUGCAAAAAAACUUCAAAACUCUAAAGUGUAUAAUAAAAAAAAUUUCAAAAUGUGUCCUGGACCCCCUUAAAUCUAAACUACAGUGGAGCCCGCUUAAUGGAAUCGACAAUUUGCUACGAAAAAUUAUUCUAAUUAGCGGGAUAUUCUUUUACGCGAUAUUCCAAUAAGCGGGCUCGACUGUAUUUGAACGUUAUCCUAGCAAUUGCAUUUUAUUGUGAAAAUAAAUAUUUUCAAGAACCAAAAAGUUACAAAAUAAUUAUUAAUUUACAGAUUUCAAGUUUUUAGGAAAAUUAUUCUUUACGCAAAGUCUGAAUAUAUCCCAAUGAUGCAUAAAUUGAAAUAUUUCGGUGCAUUGUCAUAUUUAAUAUGUCUUCUCAUUAUAGUGAAAUAUGAUUUUUCGUUAAAAAUAUCUACAAAACAUAAAUUAUCUUCAAAAGCAAAUAUGCAAUUGCUUUGCUGCGAUGCAAAAAUGCAAUUAAGUUGUCGAUCUUUAACCACUUAUAUGGUAUUCAAUAAAAA